GGGCCAAUUUAUAGAAUUUUUGGUAUGAUGAGCUGAACUCGUUUAUUAUGGUGUUCAAUGAUAAUUUUUUUUUGAUUUGAUGCAUUCCCUCUAUUCUGAAGAUGCAAGAGUCAGGAGUCAGGUGUUAUGAGCUGAAUUCAUUUAUUAUUGUGUUGAAUGAUCAAAAAAAUUUUGAUUUGAUGCAUUCCCUCUAUUCUGGAGAUGCAGGAGUUAGGUUUGAGCAAAAUUUUUAGGGAAUGUCAUCAAAUCAAAAAGUAAUUGGCUCAUGCAGGUCUCAAACCUGCGGCCUUCGCGUUAUUAGCACGACGCUCUAACCAACUUAGCUAAUAGGCCUCGCCGGUCUUCGCAUAUUAUUCUUACACUGGUAGGUUGGAAGGUUCUGCCUUUUGCCUUGUGAAUUUGCCCAAGUAUACCCAAAUGUGCUUGAUGAAAUGCCUGAAAGAAGGGGAGUUUGUAGCUCCCGAAUCCCAAUUUACCUUUCUUUAAGAGGCUGCGAGCUUUUUUCACUUCUUGCUGUUUCUUGUCAUCAUAGUGGUGUGCUUUGACGUAUAUGAUUGCUCAAAAAGCUUCCAUGGUGGACUCCAUGAAAUUCACGAUCAAAAAUGUUAUUAUGAUCUGCCAUGAGUUCUUCGGAAGAGAUGUUUGGAAUCAGGGAUGUGAUGCAUCCAUACUUCUUGAUGAUAAAAGUGACUUCAAAGGAGAAAAGAAUGCAUUUCCUAAUCGCAAUUCAGCCCGAGGUUUCGAAGUCAUCGAGAAUAUAAAGGCAGAUGUGGAAAGUGCUUGCCCAUCUACUGUCUCAUGUACUGAUAUUUUAGUUCUUGCAGCAAGAGAAGCUGUGCUUCUGUCAGGAGGCCCUUAUUGGCCUGUUCAGUUAGGCCGACGAGAUGGAACAACUGCAAGUGAGAAGGCAGCUAAUGAGCAGUUGCCAUCACCUAUUGAGCCUCUUGAAAACAUCACUGCCAAGUUUACAACAAAGGGUCUUGACCUCAAUGAUGUUGUGGUCCUUUCAGGAGCACACACCAUAGGCUUUGCUCAAUGUUUUACCUUCAAGGGGAGACUCUUUAACUUUAAAGGCACCGGCAAGCCUGACCCAGAUCUCGACUCUUCACUCCUCUUAAACUUGCAAAGUACUUGUCCAAAUGUAGAUGAUGUGAACAGCAAGCUUGCUCCAAUUGAUGCUGUAACUUCCGGCAGAUUUGACAAUGUGUAUUAUACAAACCUCAUGAACAACUCCGGACUCCUCGAAUCCGAUCAAGCCUUAAUGAGGGAUCCGAAGACUGCUGCAAUGGUUAACAACUACAGCAAGUGCCCUUAUCUUUUCUUCAAUGACUUUGCAGCAUCGAUGGUGAAACUCGGGAAUAUUGGGAUACUUACUGGGCAGAAUGGGCAGAUUAGGAAGAAAUGUGGGUCUGUCAACUGAAGCUGGUGUUUGUGAAGCCAAUCUUUGUAUGAAACUCGUGCUUGCAACUUUCUUAAUGUUCUGUUGCCAGAGAUGCAUCAAAUAAAAAUGAUUCUCAUGGAUCACAUCGAUGCUUAUUGAAUACAAUCACCAUGGACAUUGCCAGUAA